UGUCGCUGAAUAUCGAUUUGGCACAGGCCAAAGUUUGCAUCCCUCCAUAGCAACGUGGACGUGUGGCACUACUUGCUCGAGGCCGAUUCCAGGCGUUCAGACACGAAGUGGCUUUUUAGAGAGCACAAGUCCGCGGAUGGCCAACAAGGCGUCGGCCUCGCAGGCCGCCUCGUCGAACAAGCCGACGAGCUGCAAGGACGCCAUCAAGCGCUGGGAGGAGGAGAAUCCGGGCAAGGAGGCGUCGAGCGCCCAGGAGGUCUCGCUGAACUUCCAGUGGCCGCCGAUCGAGCGCAUGGACAACUCCCUGGCGGCGCUGAGCAGUUGCGAAAAGCUCUCCCUUUCGACCAACAUGAUCGAGAAGAUAUCUGGUAUCGGCAGUCUGAAGCGCCUCAAGAUACUGUCGAUCGGGCGCAAUCAGAUCAAGGGCUUCUCGGGCCUCGAGGCCCUGGGCGAGACCUUGGAGCAGCUCUGGAUCUCGUACAACGCCAUCGAGAAGAUGAAGGGCGUCGGGGCUCUGAAGAAUCUCCGCGUCCUCUACAUGUCCAACAACCUGGUGAAGGAGUGGAACGAGCUGAACCGGCUGCAGGAGCUGCCGAAUCUUCAGGAUCUGCUGUUCGUCGGCAAUCCCGUUACCGAGGGUCUCGAGACGGAACAAUGGCGCCUCGAGGUGGCUCGACGUUUGCCGAAUCUGGAAAAACUGGACGGCGAGCCGCUGCUCCGAGGCAGUAUGGAGGAUGAUCAGCAGCAGCAGCAGCACACGACGUCGGACGAAAAUCUCCAGCAGCAGCAGCAACAGCAACAACAGCCUCAAGUCUGA